AUGCCGCUCCAUGUGCAAGUGUCGCUCUUGGGUGGAAGUAGCCAUCCCCUGCACAUUGACCUUGAAGUAUCACCCCAUGACCUCCAACUUCAGGUGCAGCGUGCUCUGAGCGUUGGGAGGGGCACGCUUCUUGAUCCCAGUGGAGCUACUCUUGCUGGUGCCCAAACUGUUGCAGAUUCAGGUUUGAAGGAUGGAGAUGUUCUGACGUGGUAUAUGAGACCUUUCCAUCUAGCUUCCGCUGAUGUAGCUGCCGUGGCUGCAUUAUUGGGAGAUGGGAAGGUCGCGGCAUGGGGUUUUCCUGCUUGGGGCGGUGACAGCCGCUCCGUGGAGGAUCUGCUGACCGACGUGCAGCACAUUGAAGCGACAAGCGGUGCUUUCGCCGCAAUUCUUAGCGAUGGCUCGGUUGUGGCAUGGGGCAACAGUGCUUUUGGGGGGUACACACACGGCUUUUGCGGCAAUCCGCGAGGACGGGUCUGUAGUGACCUGGGGAGAGUCUUACUCUGGAGGCAAUAG